AUGUACAACACCUUUGCUCGAAAGAAGGCCAAGCUGGAGCCUCCUGCAGAGGCACAGGCAAGCAUCGUGGAGAACAAGGCCGGCUCCAUACUCCAGUUCCUGAAGCCACUAGGGACGGGAAACAGCAAGGGCCCAAAGGCGCUGGCCGCUUCGGCGGCGAAGGAAGGGGCGGCGGCGGCAAAGCCCUUGCAGCCGCUGCGCCCGCUGCUGCCCACCGGCCGCAAGCCUGACGCUGCUGUUGGCAGCAAACCCGCUGGCAGCAAGCUCAAGAGACGCUUUGAUUCUCAAGGCUUUGAUUUUGGGGCAGAUGCCAUUGGCGACACCAGCCGCAAGGAAGCGGACCCCAAACCCCGCCGCCAGCAGCAGCAGCCCUGCCAGCACGUCCAGUUAGCAACAAAGCCCAAGGCUCCAUCUGCCGUCCUGCAGCGAUUGGUGGUCCGGGCAGCCAACAAAGCCCAAGGCGGUCAGAGCGACAGCAGCGAUGGCAUAGAGGACAGUGACAGCGAGGAUGCAGCGGGUGCCUCGGCGCACGGGUGGGGCAAGGAGCAGAAAGGCCACCAGCAGCAGCCACGCAAUCUGAAGCAGCAGGUCGUGGACUGGGAGGACGAGGAGCCUGAAGAGGAGGGGAAAAGCGGGGCUGCUGCUGGGGAUGCAAGAGCAACAGCCACGGAUGACCAGGAAUGCUGGAAGCGUGCGGCAGAAGAUGAGCCAGAUUGGGAGGAGGCAGAUGGCCAGGAGUCGGAGGAUGCUUCCGAGGAGGACGAAGAUAGCAAGAAGAACAGGCACCAGCAGCACCAGCGCGGCCGCAAGCGGGCGGCAACGGCUGAGAGCGCCAGCGACUGGGCACCCGAGUCGGCCGACAGCGACAGCGAUUCAGAAGACACGGGCAGCUUGCCAGGUGAAGCGCGGCAGCAGGCACGCGACCGCGUCAAGCGAGGGGUCAGGCCAGCAAAGCCGGCAAUAACGGCGGCAGUUCAUGCUGUCACCAGGGUGGCACUCGCUUCGACCUUUGGCAGUGGUGUGCGCAAGCAGACUGGCGUGGCAGCCGGAGGGGCUGCUGCGACUGGAGGAGAAAUGGUGAAGCAGGAAGUGGAGGAGGCACUGCUAGCAGCAGUCGCCGCCACCGCCGAGGCCAAGGCUGCUCGCGGCAAAAAGCGCAAGGGGCCAGCGGCCGCAGAGCUGCCGCUGAUGCUGCCUGCAGGCAAGCCUGCUGUCGGCUUGGCUGGCAGCCUGCCAGCAGCCGGCUGGGUGGCCUCCUACUGCCAUGGCAGCCUAGCAUUCAGCGCCACCCUGGUCACACACCGCGAGCCUGCCCAGCUGCUGUGCGAGGUGCCGGGCCACCUGCUCAACCUGGAGGGCGACUCGGGCACCAUCGGGCGUGUGGCGGUGGAGCGGGGCAGUGGGAAGGAGGCGGCGCUGCAGCUGGAUCUGAUGGGCAUCGUGUAUCAGGCUGAGCUGGUGCCGCUGGCGGCCACGGCGGCGGUGGUGCGCAUGAAGCCCUCUGGCGACAGCCUGGUGUGCGAGCAGCUCUACCCCAUGCUGCUGCGCUGCCAGCCCGCCAACGAUUUUGUGGCGGACAACGAAGAGCUGUUCAGGGACCUGGAGGCGUAUGACAGCGACAGAUACUGCGCCGACUCAGAGGGGGAGAAGGGUGGCGGCAGGGCCGCCGGCAAGGGCAAGGCACCAGGCAAGGGCAAGGGCGGCGGCAAGGGCAGGGGCAAGGCCACGGGCGGGAGCAAGAAAGCAGGACCGCGCAAGACCAAGGGGCGCGGCGCACACAAGAAGGCGGCGCCCCGCAAGGCCAAGGCCGCACCCACUUCUGAGCCUCUGGGCGGGAAGGCACGGGGCACAGGGGCAGCCAGGAAGGCCAGGGCAGUGGCGUUGGCAGCCCCACCGCAGCAAGCCGCCAGCGACUCGUAUUUUGUUUGA